AUGGCAGAAAAGAAGUUGACUUGCCUGAGAAGAUGUGGUUCCGGUGUAGUCAUACAAGGAUAUGGGGAGAAAUCUGGAAGGAAAGACAGAAUUGUAGAAAAUAAAGCAAGCCACAGUCAUCCCCACAAACAGCAGUGUCAUCCGCACAAUAUUCAUCUUCUUCUUCGUCACCAAUCCACUCCCACUCCCAAUCCCGCCGCUGGAUAUUAUUGCUUUCAUAUUCUGAUCAAUACUACUAGUUGUAUUAUUGAUAAUAGUAUUGGCCUCGCCGUUGCCGUCAACUUCAGGGUCAUGGAAGACUCCUCCUCCUCCUUCGCCGCCGACAGGUGA